AUGGGAAUGGAUCAAUCCAAGCAGUUGCAUUCCCACGGAGAUUUAGGACCAAGAGAGGAAAACAAUACUAAUGGAAGAGCUAAUAACUAUAGAUCUCUUUUGAAUGCCAGCUUCAACUCUAAUAGGAUACCCCUCAACAACUCAGUUUAGGCUCUUAACAAUUCGGUCGAUUAGAUACUUCCUCCUGUAGAUGUAGAAGGGAAAAAGAGGUCUUUUAUCAUUAAGUAAGCAAUAAAAGAUGGGUAGCCUCUUAUAAGGAAGAGAAGUCCAUCAGAUUAUAUGAAAAGAAAGUCUACCCCCGUAACUCCAAAGAAAAACAUUGGAAAUAUUACUGUUCCUCAGUCACUAGAUUAAGAUUCAUUUUAACUGCUUUAGAUGACAAAGUAGUAAAGAAAUAAUUUAAACCUGUCAACAGUCUAGGCUCUUAAUGGAGGGCUUAAAGUAUUGAGUCACGGUGAUGGUUAAAAUGUUCCUCAUAUUGCUUAGUCACUCUAACCUAAAAUUGCACUUCAUUAAUAAUACAGACAGUCAAGACUUAGAUUAAAUGGGUCUAAGACUGGAAGUAGAGCUUUUCUUUUAAAUGAUUCUAAAUCUUAAUCGAGGAUAAAAUAGAGAUAAGGAAUUCCAGGCGGAUAAGCGUGGGAAAAAUCAAAGGCUAAUUAAUUCUUAGUCCGGGAUGCCAAACCUUAGGAAGUUUUACUAACCUUACAAGAAAUUGCCUCAUAAAAUAUUUAACUGUUCUAUCAAAAGCCCUCUGACUUAGACUCAACUGAACCUCUUGAUUCACUUAUUGAUUCAUUAUAUAUGAUUAUUGACAAUUAAAUUAGUGUUUAUAACGAAUAAAUCAAAGCUAAGCAAUAGCAUUUGGCCACUGGAGUUAGAACUGAAUAAUGUGAAGAUUUUAUGAAUUACAUAUGCCAAUUACAGCAAAGAAAUUAGGUUUUCGUUGAUUCAGUAGAAUUUUUCACUGAGCACAUUAACAAAAUGACUGAACUGGAAGAUGAGAAAAAUUCUUAAGAGCAAUAGAUAAAGCAGCUAAGACAAGAAAAAGAGGAAAUCUUCUUGCAAAGAGUUGAUAUUGAAAGGAAAUUUUAAGAAGCAUAAUCAAUAAUUGAAAAUUAAAAGAGAAAAAACAACGAAUUCAAAAAGCAGGUAAGCUAGCUAAAUUAGUAGCUAGAAAGGAAGAAAGAGGAAUGUGAAAGUUUAGUAUUUAGAUUGAAAAACAUUCAAGAUUUGGAGAAUAUGCUAGAGCCACCUCAUUUGAAUUAAUAGGUGCCUUUUUAGUAAACAAAUGAUAUUAAUGACUUUGCUUAGCUUGCCUCACUAAAUUAAGCUUAUCAUUUAAAUGAUGAUAGAUUAAAGGGACUAGAAUAAGUUAAUAAAAAUCUUGAGACUGAACUAUAAAUAGUUAAAGAGGCACUUUAAAAUGAGUAGGAAAAUAAGUUUAGUGAUAAUCUUGACAGAAUCGUCAAAAUUUAAGAGCUUUUUAAUAAAGUCUAAAUUGAAAACAAAUAACUAAGGAUUAAUAAUACCAAGAUUGAAAGCAAGCUGGAGAGUAAGGAGAAACUAAUAAGUCAUCUGGAGAAAAAAAUCACCUCAACUAUGGUAGAAAAAGAGGAAAUCAUCAUUAAGCUAAAGUCUGAGAUUGUAAUUCUAAAAAAUUAAAUGGGGGUUAAUGACCAAAGAUUUGAAAAAAGAGUUUUGGAAGAAAGAGAAACAUACUCUAAGAAAUUACAACUUAAGUUUAAAGAAUAAAUAUAGUAACUUGAAACGAACAAAGAAGAUUUGACUAGAGAAAGAGAACAAAUUCUUUAGCGUAUUGAUUAGAUUCAAUCAGACUAUGAUAAACUUGGAAUAGAUUUUUAAAAUUACAGAAAUUUAUCAUCAUAGAGAGAAAAUGACAGUAAUAUUCUCCUAGAAGGCCUUCAAUUCAAACUUAAAGAGGCAAAUUAACUUCUUCUUGAUACAACAAACUAAUUACAAUCUAGAAUAGAGACACUUGAAAAUAUAAUUUCUGUUUAGACUAAAUAGCUAAACAUAUAAGAACUAAAACUACAACUUGUGAAAGAAUAAACUGAGAAUUUACUUAAUUUAAAGACGUUUUUGAUUGAGGAUAUAGAGAAAUCAUUGCAAAUUCUAUCUAAAUAAUCUGUCACUCUUGAGGAGUAGAUGGUUGAGAAUAAUCCUAGUAAUAAUGAUUAUCUCAUAAGUGUUAAGAAGGCUGUCUAAUAAUCAAAGUCAAUGCUUUAAUUAGGAUCACAAUCUCUUAACAAUGCUAAAUCGAUAGUUCAAUUCUUAUAGAUUGAAGAAUUGAUGAAGAUGAUAGAAUAAGAGAAGAAUUUGAGAGAUUUAGAAAAAAAUGUGAAGUCAAUCAUUCAUCCCUUUUAAUCUGGAGAGGACUCAUAAGAUAUAGAAAAAGUAAAUCUGCAUUUCUAGGAUUAAGAAAUUAACAAAAAUGAUCUAAGGUCAAAUAAAAGUAUUGAUUCCAAAAAGGAUACUAUCCAGCUAAAAUAAGAGUUUAAUCAGGAAAGACAAUCGAAGCAAAAACAUAUUUAGCCAAGCGCAGGACUUGAAUUAGGUAAAUUUCUAAAAAAGGAUGAGAAUGAUGAACAUUUAAAUGAAAGAGAUGAGAAUUACUUCAUUACAUUUUGCUAUCUCGAAUUGGUUAGUAUUUUAAUCAAAGUUGUAGGUGACGUAUACUAAAAUUGCUCUACAGAACCCAAUGAAAAACUUCCUUAAAAAUUUGAGAAGUUACUUAAUUUAGCCUCAUAAAAAUCAGACAUUACUACUGAGUAAGAAAUACUUUAGAAAUUCUUAAUCGAAAUUAAGAAUGGAAUUGAGGACAGGUUUUCUCAUUUAAUUUCUGCUAAUGAAUACUUGCAAACUUAAAUUGAGCAUCUGAAUUUGACAGUUGCUAAUCUACAAAAUGAUUAGAAUAAGCAGCAACUAGGAGCUUAAGAUGAAUUGAGACUUCAACUAAAGCCUCAAAGUUAAGGAAAUUAACAACAUGAAGAGGAUGAUCUUAGUGGUCAGAGUUUAACUCCAAAGAGUAAAUUGAGAGGUGUAAAUAAUAAAUCUAGUCAUGAUUCUCUCAGGAAAAGAAGUAACCUCUCAAUUCCAUAGUAAAACAUUAAUAAUCAAGAUCAUUACUAAAUUAUUCAAGACAGCUAAAAUGAAAAAAACAAAAGAAAAGAGCUAAAACAUAAAAGCAUGCAGCCUAGUUCAUCUCAGCAUCAACCACAGCUAAAACUAAGCUAAUUGAACACUUAAGCUCAUCAUAAUGAUUUUUAGGUUGAGAAUUUAGAUUAUAUAGGAGAGCAUGGAACUAAAAAAUCAACUAGAAGGCAAAAGAAAGAUGCAUUGUCAGUUGCUCAAAAUGAGAUAGAGUCACUAAAAUUGACAAUUAAUGAAUUUAAGUAAAGAUCAAAAGACCUUUAAUUAUAGCUAGCAGGGAAAAUUGUUGCACUUUAAGAAUAAAUAGAUUAGUUAGUUACAGAAAAGUAAUAAUCUAUAAUGGAAUUAAAUCAAAAUGCACUUCUCAAUAACUAAUUAGAAGACCAGCAUAAAUAAGAGAUAGAAAAGACUAAGCUAGGAAUAUAACAGAGAGAAAAUCAUUUGCAGCAAAGAAUAGAGGAACUAAAGUUAAGAAUUAAAAAUGAGGAAGCGAUUAAAAAAGAACUUGAAUUGGAAAUAGUAUCGCUAAAAGAUCAAAUGCUCAAGAAUUAGCUAGAGGUGAGAGACUUUGAUUAAAUGAUCAUGAAGAAGGAUCAAGAAUACUCAAACUAUAAAGAAAAUAUAUAGUCCUACAUUAAUAUAAAGACUUCUCAAAGAAACAUCUUCUUACUUGCUUUUAAUACUGAAAAUCCUAAUAUGACAAUGAUAAAAGAAAAACUUGAAACUGAGAAGCAAAGUUUUUUGAAUUGGAGACUACACUAGUAUGAAAGCGUUGAAAUUAUAAAAUUCUGGAUUGAAAUUGUUGAUGAUCAAGAGAAUAUUGAUAAAUACUUCAAACUUCUUAAGAAUCAAAUUAGAGAUGGUACUUGCAUACUUUAUGAUCUUGAGCCUUUAUAUCUCAGUAUUAAUUUAGGAAAUAUUGGGCUUAAUGCAAAUAAUUAAAUUAGAGAUUACCAUAUAAUGACUAAAUAAGGAACCAAGAUUUCUGGAGAGGACUUCAUGGUGUCAAUUUUGAGACAUAAUUAUGAUGCAUUAGCCAUUAAAAUUUUUGCAAUGAACUUUGAAACUGGAGAAGAAUAUAUUCUUGAUUUAGGAAAGAGUGAUAUAUUCGAGUUGACAGAUGGACAAAAUUACAUUUUGGAAUAAAAUGAGCCAACUUAGCUUAUAUAGCUCAUUCUACAUAAUUUAAAUCUGAUUGUUAAGGAUUAUGAUGUAAGAGUCCUUGCUUGUGAGCAUAAGAUAUUCUUUAAUACUCUGUUUAGCGAGAAAAAUGAACAUAUUAAUAAAUUAAAAGAAAAAAAAGCUAACUAUAUUGAUAAUUACACAAACGAAUAUAACUUCCAGAAAUUAUCACUUAGAGAUUCUCAAAUAAAGCAGAAGAUCUAAAGUUAAUCCGUCAUGAUAAAUAAAGAAUAUCAUGGAUAGAUGAAAUAAGAUAUUCAAGUUCAGACUGAUGAACUAGAAAAGCCAUUUUUCGAUAUUCUUUAGUGCGAGUAUCGUAGCACAAUUAGGGUAGGAAAAAUACUAGAUAUUAAGUUAGAGUUAUUGACCAAUCAUGACCAAGGUGCAACUCUACUAAAAUUUGAAGAAAAUAAAACUAAAAGUAAGGCUUAAGUUUGCUUCUAUAAUAUGAAGGCGGAUAAGUAAUUCAUUAUUUAUGCUGAAACUCUCAAAAUCUCUGAACAUUAGUAGAUUUUGAUAUCUUGUGAGAAAUUUUAAACAGAUGACUUCUAUGUAAAAAUUCAUGAUCUCAAAGAAUUAGCCAGUGAAUCGUUCACACUAAUUAAAAAGGCAAAUAACAAGUAUCACAAAUUAAGUAGGAAUGCUAGUCAUGAUAUAAUGGAUAAAAAUGAAUUUAGAAAUCAUAUUUAUGAUCUGACUUUCACAACCUCAAUACCCAGCAAUCAUGCUAUACUUGCUAGCAUGGAUUAUCUACAGGAAUAGCAAUAUAUGAGAGGAGUGGAACAAAAUAUGUAAUCAAGUACUUUAAGCCAUGAGAGUUAGAUUGAUCCAUUACAUUCAUUGAUGUAACCGCCACAAAGGAAAAGAGUAGGUCCUGUCAAAGAAAUCAAGGGUCAAUGUGUGCAAAAUAGUAUCAUCAAUUUUAGUUAAACUCAGCAUAGAAUAUUGGAGUCCUAUCAAAAUGUAAGCACGAUUUUGCUUCAAAAGCAUGAAAGAGGCAAUUUACUAUACAGAAAUGUUUACGUUGUGAGAUGCAUUUUUGACUCACGUGAAGAGCAAGAAUAGUAGUCAAUCAUUUCAUUUUACUAGAAAAGAGAUGCGAUGUAAGUAGAGGUUUAUCUUUAUAAAGACCAUCAAAAAAUGUCAAUUGCAUCUUAAGUCAGCAGCUAAGAUCUAUUUGGAGCAGAUUAUCAAGAUUUUACUUACCAAUAGUAAAUUCAAAUGCUUGAUUAGAUGAUGGAGAGACUUUAUGUUCUAUCAGAUAAUUAAACAUAUCACUUAAAAGUUGAAAGUGAAGCUGUGCCCAUUUCAUAAAUACUAGAAUAGAGAAGGCUAGCUUUCAGUGUUGAAUCAAAUACUCUCUCUAUGGCUAGUAUUGAUAAAGUUCAGACAGACAUGAGAAUUAAGGAAAUCUAAGAUAGCAGAGAAAUACUACUUUCGGACAAUAAAUCUCAAGUUUUCUCGAGUUAUGCAACUAUUGGAAACAAAGUAUUUGAUUAUAAAGUCUAUUUUCUCCUUAAGCAUGAUAAAGAUCCUAAUAAUUAGGGUAGUCCCAGGAAGAAAUAAUCAAUUCUUAAACGAAUGAUAGAGAGGUAGACUACUAAUAUCGAAGCUCUAAUAGAAGAUACAUUGGACUAUGACUAAAUCUAUAUUGAAGUUACUGAUUAAUAAACUGAAAUAUAUGCUGCUCAUUUAAAUCAAAGAUCGCUCUCUCAUCUGCUUUCCUAAAACCCAUAUGAAUACAAGAAUAAUGUAUAAUUAAUCAGCAAUCGCAACAAAGAACGUCUAGUUGAAUUUCUUAAGAAAAACAGCAAAAUAGAUUAUUAAACUCGUUCACUAAUAGUAGAAAACUUUAAGUACACUCAAGAAUAAAUAAAAAGUCUCUAUUAAAAUUAAAUAGGAGGAACAUUAAUAAAAAGAGAUGAUAAAUUUAACAAAAGAGAUUUGGAAGAACCCCUUAUUAUGAAGAAAGUCAUUCUUAAUUAAGAGAUUGAAAUGAGUGAAUUUAUUUAUGAUAUAAAGCUAUCCUUGGUGCAUCAAACUAAAGACGAAAAAACACUACUUUCUUAUUCCUUAGAGUUAUUCGCUAUGAAUGAUCCGGAUAUCAUUUACAUUUAUAAUUACCCAGCAAAGCAAUAAUCAUCAAAUAUAUAGAUACCUACUUUCGUUGGCUUUGAUAUCAUUAAUGUGAUUGAGAAUCCAAUGAAGUCAGUUGAAUACAACAUACUGCACAACUAAGAAAACAACGGAGAGUAAAAAGAAAACAAGGAAAUAAACUUCUUUGAAUUAUUUGGAAAAUACAUAGAUAACAGACUUAUUCUAGUUGUUAGUGAACAACUAUUCCCCUGGAAACUCAACUAUUGUCUUAUAGAACCUUGCUCAGGCUUAAAUUGGAAUUACUGUCUUGAUAUUCAAAAACUUCAAUCAAUUUAGAAUCCAGACAUAUACAUUCCUAUCUAUAUUGGGGCACUAGAUAUUAUAGACCAAAACUCAUUUGAAAAUUUCAUCGCCCUAAUCCUAAAUGAGACCUCAAAAGAAAGAAAACACAUGACUAUUGAAUAGUUUGAGAAUUUAGAGGGAAGAUGGUUUGAUAUUGGAGACAGUGAAACUAAGCAUGAUAUUAUUAAAGGAAAGAAACUAGGAGAUGAUCUAUAAGUUAAUAUAACAAAAAUUGGAUCAGGCAAUAUUGAAAUAACGCUUAAAACUAAAGGUAACAGUAUGAGAGAUAAAUCCCAAAGUAUGUCAUCUUCAUCAAUUGAGGAUCAAGAUAACUAUUAAUACUAUGAACAUAAGCUACUUCUAAACACUUCCUAUAUGAACAAGUUCACAGCUUAAAUCAUUAAAAGAGAUAAGCAUCACUAGACUUUAGUCUUAGUCUGCGAGAUCUUGGGAGGAAAUAUUUUAGUAAAGAUAAUAAAUCUAGAUGAAAGAAAAAUAAUAUUCUAGAUGAGAUAUAGAGAUCUUUCAUCAGUUGAGAGACAAAAAUUAGACAUGCUUGAAAAAUCAAUUGAGUAGUCUUUAAAAACUAUGAUCAAUCAAUCCACUUUUGAUAGAAUAUAGAAAAUUUAUCAGGAAAAUUUCAUGCUUCCUAAUGAAAUAGAAACGAAAAUUUCAAACCUCUUUAUGACUGGGAAAAAGAGUAGCUUAAUUAUUGAUAAAGACAACAGAUAAGUUCUCGCAUAAAUACCUGGAACUCAAAGAGUGAUUUUGCAUAGAAAAACUUUCUUCGAUUAAACACAGGAAAAAUUGAUUAUAGUAGCUAUAGAAAUUAGGGCAAAAGUUAAUUAUAGAAGAGUGCCCCUUUAAAAUUAGAUAAUUUCUGAGUGUCAAAAUGAAAUCAAUCAUUUUACUCUGCUAAUAAGUGAGCCUGAAACAGAUAAAAAGAUAUUUGAAGAAGACGAUACACAACAAAGGAGAGAAUUCAAAAUAUCAUUAAGAUAAUGUUUCUUGGAUGAGGAACUUGCAAACUUGUCAUUAAGGAACAUUGAGACUUUGAAAAAAUUAGCUAAAAUUGUAAUUGAAGAGAGAACCAUCAUCAACAGAGUAUAAAAUGGAAAUUCUGAUGAUCCAAAUAAAGACAUUUAGGGCUAAUACAAAGUGGAGAUAAAAAUGGUUAAUCCAAUGCAUUCUUUCCAUAAUGAUAAUAUGUAAGAUAACGGAGGAAACUAAGGAGAUUUGUUCUCAGAAGCUAAGCGAGUAAUGGAUAAUAUAAGAAAGGCAAAUAACAUUAGUGCUAGUGGCUAAAGAAAACAUCAUGAUAGAAAUAUCAAUGAAAUUGAGGAGGUACUAGAAAAUGAUGAUGACGAUGAAAAUAAUGAGAGUGGCAGAAGUCACAUAAGGUCUGGCCAAUAAUAGACGGCUUCUUUAAUGUAAACAAAUACUAUGAGGAAUCAGCACUAGAUGUUUGAUUAAUCGGUAAUUGAAGAAGAGGGUUCACAAGAGGAAAAUGAUGAUUUUUCUCCACCAAAAUAUGCAGAUGAGACUUAUGUUCCUGAUUCCUCACAUUAGGUAUCGUUAUAACAAAAAUCAGUGGACAGUCAAACUAAUAGAUAUGAAGGAGAAGGUUAGACUAUUAUUGAAGAAUAAAGCGCUUGUAUAAGGGAUACCUCCUAAAUAUAGGAUCAAACAUUAGAUGAAAAACAAAAUGAAAGCGAAGAGAAUUCAGCUAUUUAUCAGGUUCAAAAAUUGAUUAGUGAAACUGAGAUGAUUGAGGUUGGACUCAAGGCAAGCGAAAAUGAUGAUUUCAUUUAUUAUGCUGAAAGAAAGACGUUAGAUAGUAACAAAGUCGCUCUAUCGAAAAUCUAUACUGAAAGAGAAGUUAAAAGAAAAUUAAACCUUGAAACUCUUGAUCAACUACAGCCACACCAAGUUGUCGAGGAACUUUGUGAAUUCCUAUUGAAAACAAAUGAAUUUCAAUGA